CGGACAAGACAUUUUUUUUUAUCUCCGUUAACAUUUCAAAUCUUUUCACAUUUCAAAGGUCCUAACUUUGCCACGUGUCUAUUCGAAGUUGCAAUCUCCCAUCUCGUGACGGAUGAUCUUAACACGAUCUUCAUCCUCACUCUUCGGCUUCUCCUUCGCCUUUCACUCCGUUAAGAAAGAAAAUAAAGGAAAAAGAAAAAGUAAAAAGAAAAAAGGGAAAUGGCCUCGAAGCUUCUUUCGUCUUCUCUCCGGCAAACCCUAAGCAAAUCCGUCUUCCGCCGCUUCUCCACAGCCGCAGUCGCCGCGGCGCCUAGUGCCGAGGCACGGUAUGAGGAUGAAGAUGGAAUUUCAAUGAAAGGCAUAAAGAUUGCCGGGCGUCCACUCUAUCUGGAUAUGCAAGCGACCUCACCCGUGGACCCUAGGGUCCUGGAAGCGAUGCUUCCGUUCUAUAUGUCCCGGUAUGGGAACCCGCACUCACGCACGCAUCUCUAUGGUUGGGAGUCAGAAAUGGCCGUCGAGACUGCCCGUUCACAGGUCGCCGCACUUAUUGGAGCAUCGCCGAAGGAGAUCAUCUUCACUUCUGGCGCCACCGAGUCGAACAACAUCUCUGUCAAGGGCGUUAUGCACUUCUACAGGGAGAAAAAGCGUCACCUCAUCACCACCCAGACCGAGCACAAGUGCGUCCUUGAUUCUUGCCGCCAUCUUCAACAGGAGGGGUUUGAGGUGACUUACUUGCCUGUGGGUACUGAUGGGAUUAUUGAUCUUGAGAGGUUGAGGAGAGAGAUUCGGCCGGAUACGGGGCUGGUUUCUGUUAUGGCGGUCAACAACGAGAUUGGGGUUAUUCAGCCUCUGGAGGAAAUUGGCCGGAUUUGUAAAGAAUUUAACGUUCCGUUCCACACCGAUGCAGCGCAGGCGUUAGGCAAGAUUCCAGUUGAUGUGGAAAGGUGGAAUGUAAGUUUGAUGUCUUUGAGUGGGCAUAAGAUUUAUGGCCCCAAAGGAGUUGGGGCUUUGUAUAUGAGGAGGCGGCCGAGAAUCAGGGUUGAGCCACAAAUGAAUGGUGGGGGACAGGAAAGGGGGAUAAGGAGUGGAACAGUUCCGACGCCCCUUGUUGUGGGCAUGGGAGCUGCCUGUGAGGUUGCCAUGAAGGAGAUGGAAUAUGAUGAUAAGAGGAUUACUGCUCUGCAAGAGAGAUUGCUGAAUGGGAUUAGGGAGAAACUUGAGGGAGUGGUAGUGAAUGGGAGUGUGGAGAGGCGUUAUGCGGGGAAUUUGAACUUGUCUUUUGCAUAUGUGGAGGGCGAGAGUCUGUUGAUGGGAUUGAAGGAGGUGGCAGUGUCAAGUGGAAGUGCAUGCACCAGUGCGAGUUUGGAGCCCUCCUAUGUGUUAAGGGCAUUGGGAGUUGAUGAGGACAUGGCACAUACUUCAAUUAGAUAUGGGAUUGGUAGGUUCACCACAGACGAGGAGAUUGAUAGGGCUAUUGAGCUCACGGUUAAGCAGGUUGAGAAAUUGAGGGAAAUGAGCCCGCUUUACGAGAUGGUAAAGGAAGGGAUCGACAUUAAACAGAUUCAGUGGGCACAACACUGAGGUUGAGCUUAGAGCCCUGCUACUUAACAAAUCUAAGAAAGUGAGUCCGUUUGGAAUAUGAAUUCUUCAUAAUAAGAAGAUUGCCUACUGAGUUAGAGCUGCUUUGUCUGAUGUUAAGCUACAGCACUCAUCCAGGUUUUCAGCUAUACUAUAUGCCAGUGGGAGCAAGGAUGCUUCCUUCUAGUGUAGCAACAGAAGGAAAACUUUGGUGGUUGGUAUGUCCAAUAUCAGGCUGUUUUAUUAUAAAACUUUAUGCAUUUUGUCUUAAACUUUAGCAUCCUUCAUGUAAAUAAUGGGAAUAAUACAGGGAUGCUUCCUUAUAGUGUAGCAACAGAACUUCUCUGUAUGUUUAUUUUGCAUCCUGCUUAACAGCUUGGUUUUCUGCUGCUGAAAUAUUAGCUAUAGUUGUUUUGUUAUUCUUGUAUGAUGAACAAUUUUGGUUGGUUUUGAACAGUCAAUUUUGUAAUGAUCGAUUCACAGCUUUGAGCUUUUGCUAUCUUGCUUACCAUUAUCAAUAAUGUUAAGUCCUUUGG